UUUUAGAAUCAUGGUCGAUGCAAAUUCGCGUAUCGUCUGGUUGUCGCGCCACGUAAUUGUGACAGGGUGGGGACGCGUGUGAGACGUCUCGCAUUUAUAGGUUAACUUUUCGCGCACAAGCGAUCAGUGCCGCUUCAACGAGAGCUCCGUACUCUCUCGUUGUUGUAAGCAAUUCUUUUGUCCGGCAGAUACUUAAAUUCUCAACGAGGGCUUGUGCAGUUUAAUUGUUCGUACACCUCGGAUUCACCUAGAACAGAACGUGGUAAACACAGUGCAUUUGCACACACGUUCGCAAUCGCCAAAAUGCAGUGAUCGUAUUAUUAACACAUCGUUGCAUGUUUCGUUCAUCGAGCAUUAUCUUCGCACUGCACAAAGAUCAUUUAGACACGAUGACAGAAGAAAGAACGUCAUACACGUAAAAAACAAAGUUACUUUGUUCGUGAAAAUUCGAGGAAGGAGGCUAUACUACGGUGUUUGUAUAUAAAUAGAAUUUGCGUGGCGCGUAGUGAUACGCAGCAGUUAUACGUCCGCCAGCAGUCACUCGUUCCUACCGGCAAAGUUGUCAUGACAAUUUGCGCGUGUUGUAUCAUUUUACGAAGUGUACAGUGUCGCUUCGUUCGCGUACAUCCGAUGUCUCGUGCCUGGACCUCGUCGAUGACCUGAGCUUGCUAAAACGCGUCACUUUGCGCGUACGUGAAUCGUAGACGUGUGUUGCAACGAGAGACAAGAUAGCGUUUACUCUCAAUUUCUUCACAAAGGUGCAUUUUCGCGGUGGGGUCGUUGUUCACUGCAUUUGCUAACUGUUGAUCCUUCAAUUCGUGUAAGGCGGUGGGUGUGCGAUGACAAUACGAUAGAAGUUGACACGAAACGCACGAGUGUGAAAGACAUGGCAGCGGAUUUUGACGAGUGAUACUACUACUCCUGUUAUUCGCUAACAGGGGGAGUGUUAAAUCGCGCGGAAGUGGCGUAGCGUGGCAAACCUUGCGGGAUAAAGUCACGGAAAGAAAGAACAUACAGCGCGCGCAGCUGCGCGCACUUCUACGAAAAUAGAACUCUGCACAGUGUGUGGAGGCCAACGGCGAAACGAGCGGAGUGUGACAUUAAGGCGAUCGUAGAAUGUCGCGCGUGUCGCUCAACAAGUCGCAGUACAGCCAAUACGGCUCGCGUCGCGUGCGGAAGAUCAGCACGACGGAAAGUGAAUAUUCUGUAGAAGAGCAUGCAAGAUUAACUACCACUGAUGGAGCGAGUGAUGAAGCAUCUCCAGAAGAUGAAGGUGGAUCGCUAUGUGAAUACCAUAACAUACCACCUCCACCUGAUGGUGGGUAUGGGUGGGUGGUGGUAUUUGCAUCAUUCAUGUGUAACAUGAUAGUAGAUGGUAUUGCUUAUACAUUCGGCGUUUUUCUGGGAGAAUUUGUUACUUAUUUUGGAGAAGGAAAAGGCAAAACUGCAUGGGUUGGCUCAUUGUUAUCUGGCAUGUACCUCAGUGCUGGACCUGUUAUCAGUGCUUUAACAAAUAAGUAUGGAUGUAGAGCAGUAUGUAUGGCAGGAAGUUUUUUAGGUGCAGCAGCAUUUGUACUUUCAACAUUUUCAACCAGUGUAAAUAUGCUUAUGAUGACUUACGGUGUUAUGGGGGGAAUUGGAUUUGGUCUAAUAUAUUUGCCAGCUGUAGUUUGUGUAGGUUAUUAUUUUGAAACCAAAAGAUCUCUAGCUACAGGUAUUGCUGUAUGUGGUUCAGGAUUUGGCACAUUUGCAUUUGCACCUCUUGCAACCAUGUUACUAGAAGCAUACAGUUGGAAAGGAGCAAAUUUAAUCCUUGCCGGCCUUAUUUUAAAUUGUGCUGUAUUUGGUGCAAUGAUGAGGCCACUAGAAUAUCCAAAAGCUUCUUCUGUUAAACCAUUAUUACAAAGAAUGGCAGAGGAAAAACGGUUUCAAAUGGAACGUGGGAGUAUUGGAGGUUCUUUCUUCAUGGUGCAACUGCCUGAUGGAUCUAUGGAGAAGAGAAUGAAAAUGCCUAUUAAUAUUGAUCCUGGUGUCCAUUCCAGUUUCAAUUUAGACCAAUUAGUGCCUGGAACUCCUUUAACACCAGUACCAACGGUGCCAACUCUCCCCACUAUAUCGGAAGUGAAGGUACAAGAACACUCUUCCAGUGGAGCAACUAGCAAUAGUGGCAGUAUGGACUUAAAGACUAUAUCCACCAAAUCAAGGAGCAGAAGAAAUAUGGAUGAAACCAAAGAUACGUCGGAAAAGUCUGACAGUGAAUUCAAACCAAUAAUUCCUAGAAAUGCUUCACAACCUGCUUUUACAACUCAUGUGCAAGGUUUACCUAAAAAUGGCUCUGUACCAUUCUUCGAUAGAAUUCGUAAAACCAGCACUGGUGAAAGAUAUAAGCCAAGCCUUAGUGCGAUUAAAAACUCUAGAACAACAUUAAAUUCUAAUGGAGAUAUUAGAAAGAGUUUGCAUUUAAGACUUUCGACGAGCAGUGUUAUGGGCUCUCGAAACAAUAAUGCGGAAGUAGAUGAUGGGGAAAGUAUUACCUUUACUACCAGCAAAUCUAGUAUUCCAAAGGAGAAACCACAGAUAAUUCGACCCCUAUCGAGAAAGGAUAUUUUUUACAGUGGCAGUGUUGUUAACUUGCCAGAAUAUCAAAGUCAAAAGUCACUUGCAAAUUACCGUCAAAGUGUUAUUUCAUUACCAAAAUCUGUGCGUGGAGACGUUAAGGAUACUGACAUUGAAAAAGCUCCCCAACAACCCCUGUGUCCUUGUUUGGUGUUACCUGAUUCAUUUAAAGAAGCUUUGGCAACUAUGAUGGAUGUAUCUUUGCUAAAGAAUCCAGUAUUUUUGUUAAUUGGUAUUAGUAACUUAUUUGGAAUGGCUGGAUUAUACGUCCCUUUUGUAUAUUUAUUGGAUGCUGCAGUCUUAGAUAAUAUUGACAAGACUCUUGCAUCAUAUUUAGUAUCUAUUAUUGGUAUUACUAAUACUCUGGGUCGUGUAGCUUGUGGAUAUAUCGCUGAUUUUCCACAAGUAGACUCUCUACUGUUGAAUAAUAUCUGCUUAAUUAUAUCGACAGUUGCUGUAGCUGCAAUUCCAUUUUGUCAUUCUUAUCCUGCUUACAUCAUUAUGAGCAUUCUUUUUGGCAUAGCUAUAUCUGGUUAUAUUUCAUUGACGUCAAUAAUUUUGGUAGACCUUUUGGGAUUAGAGAAAUUAACCAAUGCAUUUGGCCUUCUGAUCUUAUUCAGAGGAGCAGCGGCUAUCAUUGGUUCUCCUUUAGCAGGUGCUGUUUAUGAUGCAACACAAAGCUACAGCAUCCCAUUUUUUAUGGCAGGAUUUUUCUUCCUUAUGAGCACAGUUACUAGUUUCAUGGCCCCAGCGAUGAAACGGUGCACAACGCCGCAGACACAGCCUGUGAUAUUAGAUACAUUGACUCCAAUUGAUGAAGAUAUCGAAGAGGAGAAUGAAGAAGAUAUUCCUGAAAUUGUAGAAACUGCGCCAUCUCCACAAGAACUACCCGAGAAAGAAAUUAAGCAAAUAGAGUCUGUUUUAUAA